CAACGGGUGCCCAGCGAGUGGGGCACCAGCCUCGGUAGGAUGCGGGUCCUGGAGCCUGGCUCAGGGGGAUGGGGUACUUUUCCAGCUGGGGAAAUGUUCGGAGCCGUGCAGAUCUCUGACUUGCCGACCCUGCACAAGAAGGAGCGUGGCGGCAGGGCAGGCUGACCAGCGGUCAUGACGACAGAGACGGAGCCUGGUUCGGAGGUGAAGAACACGCAGGAGGAGGCUCCACAGCAGCAGCCAGAGGCAGCCGCACACGGCCCUACCGCCAGUGCCGCCAACCCCACUGGCCGGGACGCUGAGGCCAAUGAGAAGCCUGGGGCCCAGUCUGACGCCCGAAAUAUGGACCCGGGCACAGAGAUGGAGGAGAAGGACUACAGCGAGACCGAUGGCCUCUCGGACAAAACAACCCCCAGCAAGACCCAGAAGUCACCCCAGAAAACCACCAAGAAAGUGAAGAGUGCCCUCUGCAGAGUGACUCUGCUCGACGCCUCCGAGUAUGAAUGUGAGGUGGAGAAGCAUGCCCGAGGCCAAGUCCUCUUUGACAUGGUGUGUGAGCACCUCAACCUCUUGGAGAAGGACUACUUUGGCCUCACCUUCUGCGACUCAGACAGCCAAAAGAACUGGCUGGACCCCUCCAAGGAGAUCAAGAAGCAGAUCCGCAACGGGCCCUGGAACUUUGCCUUCACUGUGAAGUUUUACCCUCCAGACCCUGCCCAGCUCACGGAGGACAUCACAAGAUACUACCUGUGCCUGCAGCUCCGGGCAGACAUCAUCACGGGGCGCCUGCCCUGCUCCUUCGUCACCCACGCCCUGCUGGGCUCCUACGCCGUGCAGGCUGAGCUGGGUGACUACGAUGCCGAGGAGCACGUGGGCAACUACGUCAGCGAGCUGCGCUUCGCCCCCAACCAGACACGGGAGCUGGAGGAGCGCAUCAUGGAGCUGCACAAGACCUACCGGGGAAUGACUCCCGGGGAAGCAGAGAUCCACUUCCUGGAGAAUGCCAAGAAGCUCUCCAUGUAUGGGGUGGACCUGCACCACGCCAAGGACUCAGAGGGCAUCGACAUCAUGCUGGGUGUCUGCGCCAAUGGCCUCCUCAUCUACAGGGACCGCUUGAGGAUCAACCGCUUUGCUUGGCCCAAGAUCCUCAAGAUUUCCUACAAGAGAAGCAACUUCUACAUAAAGAUCCGCCCGGGUGAGUAUGAGCAGUUUGAGAGCACCAUUGGCUUCAAGCUGCCCAACCAUCGCUCUGCCAAGCGCCUCUGGAAGGUCUGCAUAGAGCAUCACACCUUCUUCAGGCUGGUGUCCCCAGAGCCACCCCCCAAGGGCUUCCUGGUGAUGGGCUCCAAGUUUCGCUACAGUGGGCGGACGCAGGCGCAGACACGACAGGCCAGCGCCCUCAUCGACCGCCCAGCUCCCUUUUUUGAGCGCUCCUCCAGCAAACGGUACACCAUGUCUCGCAGCCUUGACGGAGAGUUCUCGCGCCCAGCCUCUGUCAGCGAGAACCACGACGCCAGGAUGGAGGGCGAGAAGCGGGAUGAGGACGGUGAGUUUGGAAGCAGGAGACGAUCUGAGACAGAGGAUGAGGAGGUGACCACCCCAACGAAAAUCAAGGAGCUGAAGCCGGAGCACGAAACAACCCCCAGGCACAAGCAGGAGUUUUUAGACAAGCCAGAAGAUGUUUUGCUGAAGCAUCAGGCCAGCAUCAAUGAGCUGAAACGAACCCUGAAGGAGCCCAACAGCAAGCUGGUUCACAGGGACCGGGACAGGAGGCUGCCUUCCUCACCAGCCUCUUCCUCACCCAAACAUGAGGAUGAAACACCAAAGGGAACCCCAGAAAAGGCCACUGAGACGAUGGAAGAGGACACCCUAGAUGAUUUUGCAUCUGAGCACGGAGCUUCUCUAAGCAUGGAGUCUUUCACGCAGAAAAGCCUUGUCUCCUCUCCUGAGGGCUCGGAGCACUGGGUAUUUAUAGAGAGAGAAACUCCUAGGCUGGAAACAGUAGCUGUAAAGAAAACUCUGUCAGUCAAGAAGGAAGAUGCAGGGACCUCAGAGGUGAAAAUGACUGCGAGUGUAUCAAAAGUGGAGAUGGCGAUAGGGAAAGCCAAGGAAGUGGCAGGCCAGGAAGAUCCCGCUGACGCAGUGCUGAAUACCCGGAGGAGAGCAAAAAUGAUCGCUAGCCCAGAGGAUUUUGAGUCUGUCUGGGAGGAUGAGAUCUAUGAGAAGGAAACCAAAGGGGAGCCCAGCCAGGAGGCAAAGCGCCUGCCAGUGGAGAGCGCAGAAGAGGAGCCCCAGGAGCAGGGUGAGGAAGCAACCACCAGCCAACCAGGUCUGCCCAAGCCAUGUCAGCAGUCUGAAGAGAGGCAAAGGGCCAAGAUUUUGGUGGCAGAGUCUUCUGAGGGAGAGAAUGAGGUGAUCUCCAAGGAGCAUGCUUCUGCAGCCUCCAGGAAGCAGGAGGCCAGAGUGCCAGUCACAACCACAGAACUCCUUAAAAUUAAAGUAAAGACUGGUGAUGACACCUCGGAGACUUCUGCAACACAGAGGAUCAUCUACUUAGGAGACCCAGAGGGAGAGGAGAAGGACAGUAAACCAUACCUGCUCUUGGAGACUGGCAGACGGCUUGGCUUGGAGGAGAGACCAGAAGCCACUGUGAACACAUCCGGGGAGGGAUCUGAGCAUGUGGCACCUGCAGCAGAAGGGUUUGAGCCACCUUCCUCAGCAAGUCAGCAACAUACAGCAGUAACUGGGAAGCCUGAUGAAGCAUCAGAGGAGCCCAGGACAGGCUGUGAUGGGACCACCUUGGGGCAGAAGGACAGGUUGCCCCUACUGCAAGAGAAAGCAUCUGCUAGGCUGACAGGCUGUGAAGCACCCAAGAGAGGUGAAGCCCUACCACGUUCCCGAGAGGUAGGGCCAGAAGAGAUGGAUCUGGGAAGCUUGAAGCCAUGUGGCCUGGCAGGGAAUGGCACUGAGGAGCACACAGGGAGCCCAGGACAGAGCCCAGACACCUGCACAGCAACAGAGGAGUUCUCAGGAAGGAUUGAAGCAGACGAUGACAAGGAGGAAGGUGCCAGAGUAGUUCUUCAGAUGGAAGAGAUAGAGACCAAGUCACCUUUGUCAGCUGUGCCUCGGCAGGACCAUUCUCACAUCACCGCGGGGUUGGAGGGGGAUAAACCCAGCACUCCUGCUCCUAUCCCCUUUCCCCAGCAAUCCAGCCCUUGCCCUGUGGAGCCAGCUCCAGGCGCUGAGCCUGAGGGCAGAGACCUGUCCCAGGCCACCAGCCCAGUAAGAGGUGUGGGCACCCCCAAGGGUGUGGACUCCUCACUAGAGGUGGCACACGAGGAGGUUAGCACUGCAGUAGGCAAAGGAGCACCCAAGAAAGAGAGCCCUGUAGCAGAGGUGGCCAUUGCCAGAGGUGUCCAUCCUGAAUCUGAAGAACGACCCCAAGACAUGGACAAUGCUACGUGGAAACCACACCAAAGUGUGAGUCCUGUUGCAGAAGGAUCACCCCAAAGCACAGAUGCUGCAGCAGAGCCCAUCCAGGUCAGAGACCCAGGCACAGGGGAGGUGGCCCGGGACGUGGACUCUGUCACAGUGAGGGCAACCCAAAGCAAUGUCGACACCACAGAAGAACAACUGAAGGAGAAGCCCACGAUAAAAGAGCUCUCCCAAGGCACAGGGCCCACAUCAAGGAAGCCAGGCAGAGGUGAAGGCUGUGGAAUGGAACAAUUGCCCCAUGACAAAAGCCCUUGUGUGGGAGAGCUGCCUCCCAAGGCAGAAGAACCGGACAGACAGACUGAGGCCAUAGUAAGAGACUUGCCCCAAGAGGCUCCUGUGGAUGGAGAACUGCUCCACACUGCAGAGCCCAAAGCACAAGAGCCACUCUGGGACUCGGAGUUUAAUGUGAGAGAAGAUCUACAGGGCAGAAGCCCUGCAGUAGGAGAAGCUGCUAGGGACAGUGACCUUACUCUGGAGCAGCCACCUCAGCAUAAGUCUCCUCCCAAAGAAGCUAUUGACGUUCCACACUCCCACUCCACUAUAGCAGGAUUGUGUCAAGGAAGCAAGGUGUACCGGCUCUCUACCUUGACUUAUGAAGGUGAGAGAGAGCUUCAAGCGAGCAGUGGAACACAUCAAAUAGAGUCUGAGUCGGUGGUAUAUGUGGCUGGGAGGACAGGAGCUGUGUCCCAGGAGCAUGGAGAUUACACUAUGGCCCCAGGCAGCUUGCAGGACAGUGAUUGCUACAGGAAAACCUCAGUGGCCUCUAAGAUAAAGAUGUUUGAGCAAAGUGAAGCAGAGCGAACAGCAGCCCAGGAGGGACGGGAGCACGUGCCUGAAACUGAGACAUCAACAAAACCCAAGGGGAAGACAGGCCUGGUGCAGGAUGUGCUGUUGAACACGGGCCUCACUUCACCGCCGGCAGGGCCAGUCACUCCGGUGGGACCUCCGGUGGGCUCCUUGGCCCUUGGGGAAGGAGCUGGUUCAGGAGAUGCCUCCCAGCCUCUCUCUCUGAAAGAAAAUGUUUCUGUUGACCUGGAACAUGAAGGAGAAGACAAUGCUGAGCUGGCCUCCCCCGACUCUGGCUGCGAACUCACACUGGCAGAAGCCGCGAGCAAAUCUCAGGAACCAAGCGGGGAAGAAAAGGAUUUAUCUGACCCGUCAGUAAAAUCCAGCCUGAAAGAAGAGAAUUUAAAGACUGCUAUGCCAGUGGUCUUCCAGAGAGCGGGCUUGAGGGAGGGCACCGAGGAGAGAGCUAAGCCGCCUCGGCACAGGGCUCCUGAGAGUGACACCGGCGAUGAGGAGCAAGACCAGGAGAAGGACUCGGUCUUUCUGAAGGACAACCACCUGGCCAUCGAGCGCAAGUGCUCCAGCAUCACGGUCAGUUCAACCUCCAGCCUGGAAGCAGAGGUGGACUUCACAGUGAUUGGUGACUUCCAUGGCACAGCCUUUGAGGACAUCUCCCGGAGCCUGCCCGAGCUGGACAAGGACAAGAGUGAAACGGAAGAUGAAGGCUUGGUUUCCUUCCAGCACACUGACAAAGUAGUUCCCGGACUGGAAGAGGAUGGCAAAGCGGGGGAGAAGGUCUCCCAACCCAGCUCAGAUGUUUCCCAGCUAGAGUCAUCAGUCCCAAAAACGGAUGCUGUGACCGCCGCUCCGGGGCCAGGUGUAAAGAAGCCUGAAGCAGACGGCUCCCCUCCCCAGCGAGUUGGCACCACAGACACAGCCCAGGUGGAAGGAGGCAGCAGGGACGCCACGGCCGCUGCUCACACUGGCACCACAGAGAUAGCACCGGCGACCUCAGAUCACAGCGCCAAGGCCGGGAAAGGGGCCAUUCCCACGACAGACCUUCGCUCCCUCUCACCGAUCACCAGCGGCUCCGCUGGGAAGGAAAUGCUCACCAGCAUAUUCAGUGCCACUGCAGAAACCCUCUCCACUUCCACCACUACCCACGUUACCAAGACUGUGAAAGGAGGGUUUUCUGAGACCCGAAUAGAGAAGCGCAUCAUCAUCACAGGAGAUGAAGACGUGGACCAGGACCAGGCACUGGCUUUAGCAAUCAAAGAGGCAAAACUACAGCAUCCUGACAUGCUGGUAACCAAAGCUGUGGUGUACAGAGAAACAGAACCUUCUCCAGAGGAAAGGGACAAGAAACCUCAGGAAUCUUGACCAUCAUGUUCAUGGAAGUCGGCAUCUAUAUUCAAUCCUGGAGAACAGCAGAGAAGGAGCCUUCAUGCUGGAUUUGUCAGCAAGACAUAGACAUCCUGGGUGCAAUGUUCAUGGCGAGAGACAUUUUUGAAAGAGGAAUAGCAAAUAUAUUAUAUAUAUAUAUACAUACAUACAUAUAUAUAUAUAUAUAAACAGGAAACAAAACGCAUCCUUGCACUGCUGCUAAUAUGCUGGAAAUGAAUAGCAAACACCACCAACAACAAACAAAGCCAACCUUCUGCAGACAAAUUGAAGAAUUUACUGGAUUGGUGAUGAAAUGAAAUUUUAAAAGUCCUCGUGAUAACAAUAAUCUUGUUAACAAUAUGAUAAGCCACCAUCCUGCAUGUUACAUCAAGGAAACACAAUCAUGCGUUUAUUUGUUGCACACUGAAUGGAAAGGAAAACUGCUUUGCAACAAAGCAAGAAAUAAGCAAACUGAAAUAAAAACAGACCCACAAGCAGAAGCAAAACCAUUCCCCACCUCUGGAAAGAAGACAGAAAACCAUUGAAUUGAUCACCUUAGACUUCUUUUCUGAUUCACAAGUGUCAUUUCGCCCUUCUCCUCAUCCCAUUCUGGUUCUGUUGCAUCUUUUGGGGUUCUGUUCACUCUUCCCCUUCCGUUCCUUUAUCUUCUUCUCUGUGCACUUGUCCAACCUCUUGUUCUCUGAAGGUAUUUAAGAAUGGAUUCCAUUUCAAACAAGACAAAUGCUAUGUAUAUGGUUUCUCAUUGAUAACAAAGCAGCCUGUAGGGGUUUCAUAUGGAUGUGCAUUUCAGUUCUGUAUAUUAUUAUAUAUAAUGAGGGGGGAGGGAGGGAACGAUGCUGAGAUAAUUCAACAGUGCUGGUAAAUAUGAUGACAGCCUUUUUCAGUUAUUAACUCUUUGAUUGACCGUGGUUGGUGUAUUUUGAGACUCUUAGCUCACACAUAGGAUUCUCAGUCCUGCAAGAAGAGAAUGGGGAAGGUUUCAGCUGCUGCUGGUUUUGGGGGGCAAGAGACAGGCAAUGUCCUAUGGCUGAUCUGCAGCUUGUGGUGGUUGG